AUGAGCUGCAGACAAUUCUCCUACCAGAGCCAGGGCAGCUCCAGGGGUGGCGGGGGCAGUGGGGCCAGCAUGAUGUCCUCAUUCAGCCGCAUUAGCUCCUCAGGGGCCGCUGGAGGAGGGGGCCGAUUCAGCUCUUCCAGUGGCUAUGGAGCAGGGCGCUCUGGAGCCUGUGGGAGGGGAGGUGGUGGCAGUUUUGGCUCCAGCUACGGUGGAGCGUCUAGGGGUGGUUUUAGUGCUGGUAGUUUUGGUGGAGGCUUCAGGGGCUUCAGUGGUGUUUCUGGAGGGGGCUUUCAGGGAGGCUCUGGAGUGGGCUUUGGAAGCUCCAUGGGCUUCGGGGGUGGAUCUGGGGGAGGCUUUGGUUUUGGUGGUGGUUCUGGAGGUUUUGGUGGUGGUUCUGGAGGAGGCUUUGGGGGAUCCGGGGGCUUUGGCGGUGACUUUGAUAGUGGUGCUGGUGGUAUUCUGGGCGCUGAUGAGAAGACCACCAUGCAGAACCUCAAUUCCCGGCUGGCCUCCUACUUGGAUAAAGUGCAGGCACUGGAGGAAGCCAACUGUAAACUGGAGACUAAGAUCCAGGAGUGGUAUAACAAAGAGGGACCCAGGGUCUUCCACAAGGAUUACUCCUCCUACUAUGACACCAUUGAAGACCUCCAGAACCAGAUUCAGGGCACCACAGUGGACAACAAUAAGACUCUCUUGGAUCUUGACAACACUUGCAUGACAUUGGAAGACUUCAGGAUGAAGUUUGAGAUGGAAAGCCAAAUACGAGGAUCAGUGGAGGCUGACAUCAAUGGCUCGUGGAAGAUGCUGGAUGAUCUGACCAUGCAAAAGUCUGACCUGGAGAUGCAGUUUGAGUCUCUGCAGGAGGAACUGAUUUCCCUCAAGAAGAAUCAUGAGGAUGAGAUGAGCCAGUUGAGUGGGCAGAACUUUGGGGAUGUCAGUGUGGAGAUGAACGCUGCUCCUAGCAAAGAUCUCACCAAGAUCCUCAAUUCCAUGCGCGAGGAGUAUGAGCGGAUCAGUGCUAAGAACCGUAGGGACAUCGAAGAGCAAUAUGAGACUCAGAUGAGUCAGAUGGAGCAGGAGGUGAGGAAUAGUGGCCAGGAGAUGGAGUCCAACAACAAGGAGGUGACCCAGCUCCGGCACAGCGUCCGGGAGAUGGAGGUUGAGCUGCAGUCUCAGCUCAGCAAGAAAUCGGCUCUGGAGAAGUCCUUGGAAGACACCAAGAACCGCUACUGUGGCCAGCUACAGCAGAUUCAGAAGCAGAUCAGUAGCCUGGAGGCUCAGCUCGCUGAGAUCCGGGAAGAGACCGAGUGCCAGAAUCAGGAAUACAGCCUUCUGCUCAGCAUCAAGACACAGCUGGAGCAGGAAAUUAACAUUUACCGCAGCCUCCUUCAGGGUGGCCAGGAGGACUAUGAAUCUCAUGAAUCUGGACAAAGUCACUCUGGAGGUGGCAGAGGAAGUGGAUAUCAUGGUGGAAGUGGAGGCAGUCAUGGAAGAGGAUCCUGGGGAGGAGGUGGAGGAAGUAGAGGCAGGGGAGGAAGUGGCGGCAGCUAUGGUGGAGGAAGUAGUUCUGGAGGAGGAAGUGGCAGCAGCUAUGGUGGAAGAAGUAGUUCUGGAGGAGGAAGUGGCGGCAGCUAUGGUGGAGGAAGUGGUGGCAGCUAUGGUGGAGGAAGUAGUUCUGGAGGAGGAAGUGGAGGCAGGGGAGGAAGUGGUGGUGGCUACGGAGGAGGAAGUGGAUCUGGAGGAGGAAGUGGUGGCAGCUGUGAAGAAGGAAGUGGAUCCAGAGGAGGAAGUGGUGGCAGCUACGGGGGAGGAAGUGGAUCCAGAGGAGGAAGUGGUGGCAGCUACGGGGGAGGAAGUGGAUCCAGAGGAGGAAGUGGUGGCAGCUACGGAGGAGGAAAUGGAAGACCAUCUCAGUCCCAGUCCUCUUCCUCAAAAUCUGGUGAAUGUGAUGAUAUACAAGGCUACCAGAGUCGAUACUAGAGCUGGCCCGCCCCAGCCGAGUAUUCCCCAGACAGGCAGCCCCCUGAGAAAGCCUGCUUAUUGUCUUCUGACAUCAAGGAUGGCUGGCAACGAGACCUGGGGCUCAUUUGGGACUGGCCUGAGUGGGCAUGUGUGCCUCUGGCUGUCCAUUGGCUCCCUUCCCUGGGAGGGUUGCAGAGACCUCUCUUCCACUGUAUGGUCUGGGGGUGAUCCCAUUCCCUGCCUGAUCUCAACUUCCAAGUAAAGCUUUCCUAUUGCAAAUCAAA